GAUAGCUCGAGCACAAACAAACGAGUGGAUUUUGAAUCUCAUAGCGAUGCCUCAAGAGUGUCCUUGCUGGGGACGUGUCAGGGCCUGUCUAAUGGGGCUUUCGAGACACAGCAAGCGCCCCAAGCUGAUGGGGAUCCUCAACGCCCGGUCUCGGGGAGGCAGCUUACACUUCGCGUCCCCAAGACCCCAGUGAGGCGGUCGUCCCGACCCUCCUUCGUCACGACGCCCGGGACAGCAAAAAACGCCCUUGCGUCUCUGGGACGGGGGCGACGAACGCCUUCUCGUCGGCCUCAGAAGAAAUACCGUGCCAGGGACGUCCUAGAAGGAAAAGGUCUUCUUCAGUUAGCGGCGUACGAGAACAGUGGGCUUCUCACCAUACACAUUAUGGAAGCACGCAAACUCAAGUCGCGGUCAUCAGGCGUUUGCAACCCUUACGUUAAGUUAUCGCUGGUCCCCGACGAAGUUGAGCGCACCUUCUGUCGGACGUCGGUGCUGCGAGCCACCAACUGUCCGCACUUCAACCAGCAGUUCAGCUUUGACUUCCUACCUGAAGACCUCAGCAAGCGGCUCCUUAUAUCUCUGUGGAAUCGUGACCCCCUAAAGAAAAAGAGCGAGUUCCUGGGCUGCAUGUCGUUCAACGUCGGGCACAUUUUGUCAAAGAAGGUGCACGGAUGGUUCCGGCUGCUGACGGAGGCCGUGGGUCGCCGUAAGCACUUCGCUGCUCCUCCGCCCUCGCCCAUCAGACCUGCAGUUGGAUCGAGACCAGAUAGCCAACAAGACUCCGAGUCGCCGACAUCGCCGAGGCGGCACCACCAGGUCUCUGCUGUCGGUGCAAGUGUCUCCACGCGUGAGGCGGGCUGGGGCGGCGAGGCAGCUACGGGCCAGACGCCGUACACGCUGUCAGUGCGCGUGCCGCGCGGCGCCGGCGGCUUUGGCUUCUCCGUGUCGUGGUCGCGGCCUCCGCGCGUCGAGCGCGUCGACGCCGGCCUGCCGGCUGCCGCGGCGGGACUUCUACCGGGCGAUUAUCUUAUCUUCGUUGGCAACCGCAACGUCGUGCGCAUGCAUGAGAAAGAAGUCAUGGCCGCCAUCAUGGACAGCGGUGAGGAGCUACUGCUGGAGGUAUACCGUAAGGGCGUCACAGCGGGUCCCCCAAGCCUGCCCUCCCGCCGCUCGUUGUUCCAGCAGCAGCCUGGACUCACGGACCCUUCAUUUAGCUGCAACCAACAGUCAUGUCUAACAUAUUCCACGAGCACUGCUCCUUCCAGCCAAACAUUCCAAACUAAAGACCGACGUCGAUGGCAGUCGGCAGAAGACAACCCUCGGACGUCGCCAUCUAGCCAGUAUUAUAACAACAAUUGUCUGCUGCAGCAACAUGCGCAGCUAUACCCCGCCAUCUUGGCGUCCCCGACACGGCACCAUGAACGCUUCCAGCAGGUGACCAAACCUUACCUCAGCGCCGUGCUGCAGGUGUGACCGCUGUAGUGCAGCUGCCGUGCUGCAG